CAAGGGCUCCAGAAUCUCGGAAGCCAUUUGUUCCCAAAGACCUGGCUAUAGUCAGUGUUCUUCUCACACUAUUCUGAGGCUGUGCUCCGGGUAAGUGUGAGAGGCCUAGAUCCUGAAACAGCCAGGAAGUGGACUCUGGAGAAGACAGGAUCUCUCCGGGCUCCACAUCAGCUGCCUCAGAGAUUGCUCGAAGUCAACAGGACCUGCAAAGAAGAGUCAGAAGAAAAGAGUGUGCAUGGAAGGGAAGGCAGCUCCACGGAAUAGGAAUAGGAGCCCUCUAGCCUCCAGUUCUGCCUCUUCAGAGGCUGUCUCUGAGCAGAAAGUCAGGAGAAUGAGAGGCCAGAAGAAGAGGAAAUCAAUGGAUGUCAAGGCAGCUGUGCAGGAGAGUAGCACCCUGACAUCCAACUCCACUGCCUCAGAAACUCUCUCUGAGCUGAGGUCCUGGAAGAAGAGGGGACAGAAGAAAAACAUAUGGACUGUUGAUCAUGUUGAAGGAAUGAAACUCAGGAUGAAUAAGAGGAGAAGACCAAGUUACCGCCCUGAAGACCAAGAAGCAUUCUACCGACUUCUGGAGGAUCCUGUUAUCCAGAGCUUCUUGGAAGCUGACAUUUUCCUCAAAGUGUCUGAUAAGUAUCUGCUCUCCAUGGUGGUGGAGUACUUCGGCCGUGUUGGGCUGCCUGGACACCUCUACAACAGGAUCCACUUUUUCCUGGCCCUCUACAUUGCCUCCGACAUGGAGGAGGACAACCCCACAUCCAAACGGAGCAUCUUCCAGUUCCUGCUGGGCAGGGAACACUGGCCAGACCUCUACAAGGAGUUCCUGAAGUUGAAGGUGGAAUUUUUCCAUGCAAUGGGGCACCGAGCCUGGGUCACUCCUGAGUUGUGUGAGGAGAUUCAGGCCCAGAACCCACAUCACUGGGUCUGGAGUCGGGUGCGCCAAUGCGCCCCCUAGGUCCCCAGGAAACAGAGUGGUGGGGCUGCAGGUGGUCCAGUUGAGGGAGACUUUCGGUGAAAUGCAGAAGGAACCCUUUGCCUGGAGAGAUAGCCGUACCAGAAUAAUCUUGUGAACUGAGCCACCCCCGCCUCUUUGCAGGGUGUGACUGAGCCUAUUCUGACCACAGAAGAAAAAAAGGUCAAGUGUGCUCUGUGAUAACCAUGUUUGGGAUAAAGUUUAAUUCAUCCACAGGCUUCUUAUUUGAGGACCAACAACUACUGUACAUGCCCCAAAUCUCAAAUUCCAAAGAAAACAGCAUUAUCACAAUAAAAAAAAAAAAAGAGAGAGAGAGAGAGAAAUCCUGGUUAACAGGGGCUGCUCUUGGGUCUGGUCACUUCUACAA